GAAGUCCUCAGAAUUGGUAGUGCUAGACUCUGGAGCUGAUGAAGUGCGCAAAUACUGUCAGGACUCAUUUUUGGGGAAUGGCUUGACUGUAUUGACAAUUGUUCGUGUUGAUGUUCAUUGGUUACUUGUGUUGAUGGUGCGUUCCGCACUAGCUCGUAUAUCAAGAUCAAAAGAACGUGCUAUCCAAUGGCAAUUCCUGUCUCGCCCCAGUGUCAAGGGACUUUCUCAACAUCUUGGACUAUCCAAAGCUAACAAUGACGAUCAAUUCUUACAACAACAAAAAUUCAUCAGUCAGAUAAGCCAUCAAUCAUUCUUGACGUACGAUGACGUAAAAGUAAUUGACAGCAUGCAUGGGCAUUCGAACCGCCCCCUACAGUUGAUUAUUAUCGCUGGACCAGCUUUGCUUUCCCUGGGAUUUUGUCCCAUAGUUCUGUACAUGUAUACUCCGCUCGUCUCUUAUUUUUGGCCAGCUGAAAAGUUUCCUGACGGUGUUCCGGAUGUGAAUGAUGCCAUCGCAUGUUUCUUGGCCCCAGCUGGUUUGGUUUAUGCAACUUCGUUUGGAUUUUCCUAUCAGUCAGCGUUGCAAAAACAGCGGUCGUUGCUCAGUAAUAUCUCUCAUGAAUCAAGUUUGUUAGAUAAGCUUAUGUUAAUGACCAAUCAAAUGUCGCUGAUCUCAGACAAAAUGAAAGGAAUGAUUUACAAGACAAUAAAAGAAGAGGUUUUGUCGAUUUUCUUGCAAAUUCAACAUCCAGAAAUCAUAAAGUGUACUAGUUUUGAGAUCCCUCACUCCCCAGGUCAAGUGUGGAAGAUAAUAGAUUUGGUGAAGCAGAGCAUUGAGCAAGACAAAUGGUGUGUAGAUCGGCUGCUCUUAGAGGAAAUUCUAGACCACAUUCUCAGUCUUAAUACAGCAAGUUCUGAACGAUAUGAGGUGAUGACGUCAAACAUUAAACCAUUCCAGUGGAUAUUUCUAGAGGCGUUAGGAUUUUGUACAUUUUUUGGUGUGAUGCUUUUACAGGCUCUUUCGUACCGAAUGGAAUUAGCGAUGUGUAUUAUGACCGUAUUCUCUAUUUCUAUCCUCUGUUUCGUCGUCUCUGACUUGGAUUCUGCAUUCAAUGGAUUUUUCAAGGUGAGUUUGGACUCAUUGUUCGGUGUUAUAGACAAGGCUGAGCGGAUGUAUAUUCUGAACAAAGAGGGCGACAAAAUGUAUCGGUAUGAGCAAGAGGACGACAGUGACAGCGAUGCGAGCUACGAGGUGGUUAUCAAUUCUGCGGAAGUUAUCGUUGAAAAUUAAUCAAUAAAUUAACCUAAUAAUCCAAUGAACUCACCAAACUAUCACAAUAUAUAUAUAUAUAUAUAUAUAUUCAUAAAAAUACAAUUGAUGAAAUAGUGCAUAACUUAUUAUUGAAAAACACAAUGGGAAAUUAAGGUUCCAGUAUACGUAUGCAUUAUUAUUAGGCUUAUUUGUUGUUGUACAGCCUUGACGUAAACAAAGGCAUCUAAAUAAAUACUGUAUACCAGUUCCAGGUUAUGAAGAACAUGUUAUAAUAAACAGAAGCGGCACUUUCAGAAAAUCUAUUAAAAGAUGUCGACCUGCUGUCUCUCAUGAAAUCUGGUGGGAGAGGGAAUAAGAUUAAAUUAGCAAAUUUUUAAGAUACAACUAUAAACGAAUUAGGGGCCAAGAAACAUCGGGAAUCACAUUUUUAUUAACUAAAACGCUUGGGUGAUUGAUGAUGGUUGACAACAAGACCUAGAAUUUGGCCUUGGCCAUGUAAAAAAAAUGCCGACCGACGCUGAUUUUUAAAAGAAAAAAUGCUUAGGCAGUACAGUACAACAUACUAGUAUUUGUUGGCCUCUAACAAAAUCGUCGAACUGUAGGUGUGUCGAAGAACUGUGGUUGUAUCGGGAUAGCGCGUGCCCUCCCAGAUUAGUGGCCCAUCCUCAUGAUGGCAACAAAAAGCAAGUUAGCGCCACCUAUGAUUACGAUAACUCAACAAAACUUUUUAGACUCUGCCGCCAGCUCAACCAACCAAGAGUAGGCCCCUAUAAUAGUAGCUAGGCCUAGGAGGCCUAGAUAGUAUAGGCCUAGUAUAGUAUUAAACGGAGAUUAUGAUUUCAUUUCACGACGUGUUUCAAAUGUAAUAUUGCAGUAAAUGGUCAACAACCGUAAGCUCUAUAUUGUUUCAAAAUUCAAUGUGAAAAAUUAUGAACUCGGCUUAGGCCCCUAGGCCUCAACAGCUUCGACUGACUGCACUGUUGCAGUUUCCAGUUCCUUAUUUCAACCGUAGUUGCGCACUUCUUGGGCUAGGGAUAUGUGUCUGAAGUAGUAGUACUGUAGUAGGCCGGGCCUAGGGCCUAGUAGUAGACCUAGGCCUACUUUUAUUGACGGUACUGAUUAAUUAUAUAAUAAUAACAAUAUAAGACUUAAUUGUGAACAAAUCUAUUGAUGAUGAUAAUGAUAAAGAAGAAAAUAUUCGUCAAUUUGACGAAGUUCAAAGCAAGGACAAGGAUAUGCCUAGGCCUAUUUAUUAUUAAGAAAGACAAUUUUAAAAAUCGAAAAUCAAACAGUCACAGGACUAGGUCAUAAGCCACUAUCCAGCCAAGGAAAAGUCUAAUCCAAGGAAAAAUUUUUAGCCAAUGUGUUUUUAUAUGUUAAUGAGUCUUCCUUAUUAAGGCCUAGGAAAUAACAACUUCCUGCUCAUAGCACUGAUAUAGCCUUUUCCAUUUCUUUCUUGUUUUUUUUUUUAUCUUUCAGAUUUUCCUAUGUUGCAUUUUAAGGGGUGGGGGUCGGGUGUGAAUGUAAACAUGUCACUUGUCCAGACCACAAACAAAGUCCAUUUACAUCGAGGGUCUUAGUAGUGGCCUUGCUAUAUGACAUAGACCUUGUAUUAUUUCUUACACUGUAUAUCAACAUCUAAUUACAAAUCUGGUGUUGCCUAUAUAAAUGCUUCAAUUAAUUCAUUUUUACCUAUGUAUCUUUCUUAAGACAUUGUUUAGUAAAAUUUAUUAAGUGGUUUACAACUCUUGCUCAACACAAAGUUUUCAAAUUAUAUUUUGUAUAAAAGUGGGAAAAAAAUCUUGUAAAAACAUGUUGUUUUAAAAUUUUGAGUAUUGUAUUUUUGUGAAGCCGGGUGGUUGAGAACCUCAUGCUCACGCAGUAGUGACUAGGUUCGCUUUUGAGUUCCUGUCCAACCAACCAUUGUAUGUUGCUGUCUUGUUUUGACAAUAAAGAAAGAAUUAGAAUAAGAAGAAUAAUUGUAAGGCAAAUUGGGCACUUGCAGUAGCAGCAAAAAAAAAAAAAAAAAUCAAUAGCUAGAAUUGUGAAAUCAUUUUUUAGAAAAGAGAUUAAAAUAGCUUAAACUGUGAAGCUUCCUCUUGGUUCAUGUUAAGUUCUCUCUCCCUUCCACGAUUACCUCUUGCGCCACCUAGGCUAAAACAAUUCUGUAUAGACCACAGAUGUUAAAAUCACAAACCUGAAACAAAACAAUCCAUUAGAAUACAUGACAUCCAAAAGAAAUAUUAAUAUUAAGCUAAGAUUAAAUUAUGUUUUUGUUUUUGUAUUCAACAAGUUAGUAGUUCAGUUGAUGCAAUUUAAUAGCUGAAUAUUUUAGCUUAUUUACUUUUUGUAAUUUGUAUUAGACUUAAACUGAGCCGUAUCAGCUAAGCAUAAUAUUUAAGAUUAAAUUAUAUUUUUGUGUUUGUGAUGUUUUGUUUUAAUUGACACUCUGUGCAAUGUGAUUUUUUGAAAAGACAUGAAAAUAAUACGAUACGACUUUUUAUUUCCAUCAAAAUUCAUUAAAUAUAUAUCAUAAUAAUAAAUGAGAUAAGGAUGGAGGAGAUACAAUGAAAAGCAAACAGCCUGUAAAAUGUUGUAUCACCUUUACAUAAAAUAGUUAGCAAAUAGCAAAUAGAUAGCAAAUUUAGAACAUGAACAAAGACAAACACACACCCAGGACGGAAACAUAGAAGCAUGAAAUCAAACAAUUGCGAAAAAAUGCAUAAAAAGAUAUUUAGAAAGCAAUGCAGGUAAUGAAUUUGUAAUAUAUGCAUAUUAAAAUAGACAUUUGAGAAUCCUUUUGAACUGCACUAACGUAUGAGCACAUUUGGCAUUGAUAGGCAGAUCAUUCCAUACUUUUGGACCUGAAGACAACAUCUUGAUUCUAUCUUGAAUCCAUAGUAAACAAAUUACAACAUAAAACUGUUGAUUUCAAAAUUAUUUAAGAAAUUAUUCAACAAGUUAGUAGUUCAGUUGAUGCGAUUUAGUAGCCAAAUAUGUUAGCUUAUUUGACUUUGUAAUUUGUAUUAAACUUGAACUGAUUAAUUCAGUUAGGUACAAUACCCUUGGGCUCAAAUUGCCAAUAGCGUGUUCGAAACAAACCUGAUUCUGUGACAAUACAUUAACAAAAAUGACAUUAAGAAUUGAAUAAUUGCAAUUACAGCCACUAAUGGAGCCAACCAUGUGGAAAAUUUGUAGCUUUGUUUUCACCGAUGUUGAGAUGUUGGAUGUACGAUGAGAUUUACAAAAAAUUAAAUUGAACUUGUAAUAGGUUGUAUCUUAUUUUAGAUUUUUUUUUUUUUUAAUGUGUUUGAAGUCUGAGCUGAAAGCCAACAAUUAUUUUGUUCAAUGUAUUCAUCAUUGAGAUGGCUUAGGGUCAUCCACAAUUUUGCUUUAACAAUUCAUCAAUAAUUGAUUGUAUUGCAUACUGUAAUCAUUGAAUAAAAAUAAAAUGUUGUUUUCUUAUUUAGCAAAUGGUUUUGGCAAAAACCUCCA